CUCGGCCGCUCGCGCCGCCCGGUGUGGCCCCGGCGACUCCCGGCGGCUCCGGUGGCGGCGGCGUUCCCCUGCCCGCGCGGCUCGCAGACGCACGGCUCGGGCGCCUCCCGCCGCGGCGCAGCUCCCGCCGCUCGGCUCCCGCGGCGGCGCGCUCAUGCCCCCGGGCGCGGGGCGCGCAGGCCGGCCGGCCGCCGCUGGGAAAUAGGCCCCCGGGGGCGGCGGCGGCGGGACCAUGGCGCGGAGACCCGGGGCGCCGGCCGCCUACAGGGACGAGUUCUCCUUCGUCAGCCCGCUGGUGAAAUACCUGCUCUUCUUCUUCAACAUGCUCUUCUGGGUGAUUUCCAUGGUGUUGGUGGCCGUGGGAGUGUAUGCACGGCUGAUGAAGCAUGCAGAAGCAGCCUUGGCCUGCCUGGCAGUGGAUCCUGCCAUCCUGCUGAUCGUGGUGGGUGUCCUCAUGUUCCUGCUCACCUUCUGUGGCUAUAUUGGAUCCCUCCGUGAGAACAUCUGCCUCCUGCAGACGUUCUCCCUCUGUCUCACCAUCGUGUUCCUGCUACAGCUGGCGGCUGGGAUCCUGGGCUUCGUCUUCUCAGACAAGGCUCGGGGGAAAGUGAGUGAAAUCAUCAACAAUGCCAUUGUGCACUACCGGGAUGAUUUGGAUCUGCAGAACCUCAUUGAUUUUGGCCAGAAGGAGUUCAGCUGCUGUGGAGGGAUUUCCUACAAGGACUGGUCCCAGAACAUGUACUUCAACUGCUCGGACGACAAUCCCAGCCGUGAGCGCUGCUCUGUGCCUUACUCCUGUUGCUUGCCUGUCCCUGACCAGGCAGUGAUCAACACUAUGUGUGGCCAAAAUAUGCAGGCCGUGGACUACUUGAAAGCUAGCAAAGUCAUCUACACCAAUGGCUGUAUUGACAAGUUGGUCAACUGGAUACACAGCAACCUAUUCUUACUUGGUGGUGUGGCACUAGGCCUAGCCAUCCCCCAGCUGGUGGGAAUCCUGCUAUCCCAGAUCCUCGUGAAUCAGAUCAAAGAUCAGAUCAAGCUACAGCUAUACAACCAGCAGCACCAGGCUGACCCAUGGUACUGAGAAUCCAUCCUGUACCUCCUCACCAUGGCAACAGGCAAGCCUCAUUGACCAACAGCAGCGGGUGCUGAGAACAGCACCAAGUGGAGAUUUGGAUUCCAGCCCCCCAGUGACAGCCCAGUGGGAAGAAGCAAACUCCAGAUGGACAGAAGGCAGGGUGCACAGGUGGCUACUGAAGUCUCAGAAGGAUGUGCGUCCUCUUUCCCAUCCUAGCCCUCAGCAUUGUUUGAGUGUUAGAACGUUAAGCAUUUGGGUUUAUGUUUUAAUCCUCGUUUGGGCAGAGAUGCUUGGGAAACAGCAAUUGCACAGAGUUGUGGGGGUACUACUGCUGCUUUUGCACCGAGGCACCACAACCAGCAGCUCCUACUUGGGCUGAGUUUGAGCUUGGUGGACAUAGUUAGAUUCUAACUGUUGCCAGCAAGACCUGGAGAGUAGACACCAGCAGCCCUGCCUGGAGUCCAGUUGGCAUGAUACCAGUUCCAGAAAGGAAGGGAGUGGAACAGGCAGUGAGGAGUGAGCUUGAGGGUCGGCUGGGGACAGCUGUAUGUGUUAGGUAGGAGUGAAAGGGGAUAUGUUUACCAAAUGCCUGCCCUGCCAUCCUCCCAGGUAGUCAGAGUGAGCUACAUCCUGCCCCUCCUUCAUUUCCAUGGAAACAUGGCAGCAAGGGCAAGGGGUACAACAGCAGCCAAAUCCAUCCCCCUCCCCACCCCCUUGGAAAGAAGUUUGGAACCAUAGUCCCUACAUUCUACAGACAGAAGAGGGACUGAGCCAUACAUGCCCUUGAAUUCCUCCCUGCCUGGCCCUCCCUCUCCAGCAAGUGGGGUUUUCUUUAACUUGGCAGUGUGCAGAGGAGUGGUAACACCCACCCAGUCCCCCAUCCCUGCCACCUCUGCACCAGAGCUCAGUAUUGCUACAGCGUAAGAAGCAGGAAUCUUGCUGGGGUUGGGGGAGCUAGAAGUGGCAAUAAAAGUUUGUUGACCUGGGCUAA